AUGGCGUUUAGGAGACAUCCAUCUCUAUUGGUAUUGGGUCAGCAUAAUAUCAGUUCCAUUUCGAAUUGCGUUGAUUUCUUUUUCCAUUAUUUUUGGUUUCUCACACGCAAAAGGUUGGUUGCACUCAAGUAUACUUCUAUUUCCAAAGAGUGCAUCAUGGCGGCCGUAAGAUUCAACCAAGACUUGAUAAAACUGGUCGAAACUGCCGACAUUGCGAAGCCUAUGUGUGAUGAGUUCAAGAAGAUGAUUUCAGGAAUGAAUUUCAAGGCAUGUCUAGCCGAUUGUAUGCCCAAAUUCAAGUUGAACGUACGUCGACAUUUACUUAACUUCAAUGAAAACUCCAUAAACGAAGAAGAUACUCUUGACGACCUCAAAAAUCGUCGAAUGGCCGUAGCCAAGACCUUGUUUGGCAAACUUGGUUUGGAUACCAAUAUCGAGGCUCCAUUAUUCUGUACCUGGGGCUGCAACACGUUUAUUGGUAAAAAUGUCUAUAUCAACAGGGAUGUCUCGAUCUUUGAUAGCGCACCCGUUCAAAUUGGCGAUCGUGUUCUCAUUGGACCCGGUGUCUGUAUAUGCACCGAUACACAUGAAGUUGACGCUGUAUCGAGAAAACAAAGCCAAGCAGGAUCUUAUGCAAAACCAAUAGUUAUUGGCGACGAUUGCUGGAUUGGGGGAAGAGCAGUUAUAGUUGCAGGGGUCACUAUUGGGAAUGGAUCGACGGUUGCAGCUGGGGCUGUUGUGGUCAAGGAUAUUGAAGCAAAUUGUCUUGUUGGUGGUGUGCCUGCCAAGAUCAUCAGGAGACUUGAUAACGGAGCUAUAUCGCCAAAGUAAUAUUCUGCGGCUUUGAUACUUUUUUCCAUUUCGGCGGCAUAUUUUUUGGGGACUUUAGGGGGUGUGGAGGACUAUUUGGAGUCAGGUGAACCCCUAUAUAUGUAAUAUUGUUAUCUCGAUGGUUAUAUAUCGUUGAUGUAUUCGGGCUUUCUUAUAUAGUUGCACCUAGUCUGCACAGAUCACUAGAUAUAAUGGAGAUCCUUAUACUUACUUGAACCAAGAGCGAGUUCCCAGACUAGAUUUUUCUUGUUCUUCAGGCACCUGAUGCUCUAAGAUCAUAGGUAGUCAUACAAG